UCGAGCUGAAUUAAUUGCCGAAAGCUGUGGAGAAGCAGAAGACUGAAGUAAGCGGAUAAAGCUGUGUGUGUCAGUAGGGGGCGCCUGUCCGCUCGUGGAGAGCGCCGGUGACGUCUCGCGCUCGCAGCGCAACAGAGUAUCGGAGCGAGACGCGGAGAGAGAGCAUGGAGCGCGCGGAUCGUCUGGAAUAAGAAACAUUUCCCAACACUUUCAAAAACUUUCUCAACUCGGCAGACAGAUAUGGAUACCAUCAUUUUGAGCAUAUUACUCCUGCAUACGGCGUUUGGAAGCGCACGAGCCCAGUACACACCCGCUCAAAUGGGACAUGCGGAGAAAGGUGGAUGCACCUUCGAUGAUGGCCCCGCACAAUGCGACUACCAGCAGGAUCCUUACGACGACUUCGACUGGACACACGUCAGCGCUCAAGAAGUGCCAUACCUGCCCUCUGAUCUGCCCCAGGGCUCGUACAUGAUGGUGGACACCUCGCAGCACGAUUACGGAGAAAAGGCUCGCCUGCAGAUGCCCGUGAUGAAAGAAAACGACACUCACUGCAUCGACUUCAACUAUCUCCUGUACUGCCCCGACGGCUCCAGCCCCGGGACGCUCAACAUCCUGGUGAAGGUCAAUAAAGGGCCGCUGGCCAAUCCCAUCUGGAACGUCACUUCCUGCACAGGCAAAGGCUGGAUGAAGGCGGAGCUCGCUGUCAGCACUUUUUGGCCCAAUGAGUAUCAGGUCAUAUUCGAGGCAGAGGUGACAAACGGCAGAAGAGGUUUCAUUGCCAUUGAUGAUAUCCAGGUGCUCAGUUACCCAUGUGAUAAAUCGCCCCACUUCCUGCGUUUGGGGGAUGUGGAGGUGAACGCCAGACAGAACGCCACGUUCCAGUGCAUCGCCACUGUCCGUGAUGCCGUCAACAACAAACUCUGGCUGCAGCAGCGUAACGGAGAGGACAUUCCAGUGGUGGAGAAGAAAAACAUCAACCACAGGAAGUUUGCGGCCUCUUUCCGGCUGAGAGAAGUGAGCAGCCAGGACCAAGAUCUGUACCGCUGCGUCACCCAAUCAGAGAGAGGAUCCGGCGUCUCCAACUUUGCUGGGCUCAUCGUCAGAGAGCCCCCGAGACCCAUCGCUCCACCUCAGCUGCUGGGCGUCGGGCCCACAUACCUGCUAAUCCAGCUAAACGCUAACUCCAUAUUUGGGGACGGCCCCAUCAUCCUGAAGGAGGUGGAGUACAGGAUGACAUCUGGAAGUUGGACAGAGACCCACGCCGUCAACUCGCCCAAUUACAAGCUGUGGCACCUGGAUCCCGACACGGAGUACGAGAUCCGAGUGCUGCUGACCCGUCCGGGAGAGGGGGGAACCGGACAGCCCGGGCCGGCUCUCAUCACCAGAACCAAGUGUGCAGAACCCAUGCGGACCCCCAAGAGUCUGAAGAUCGCAGAGACGCAGGCACGCUUCAUCGCCGUGGACUGGGAGUCGCUGGGCUACAACAUCACCCGCUGCCACACCUUCAACGUCACCAUCUGCUACCACUACCACAAAACCAACCAGAGCAAAGCCGACUGCCUGGAGAUGGACCCCAAAGCCCCCCGACACGUGCUGGGCAACCUGCCUCCCAACACCAACGUCAGCCUGAAGAUGAUCCUCACCAACCCAGAGGGACGCAAAGAGAGCGACGAGACCAUCAUCCAGACGGAGGAGGAUGUGCCCGGUCCAGUUCCCAAGGAGUUUGUGAGAGCGACUCCGUCGGAGGAUAAGAUCUCACUGCAGUGGAAAGAGCCUCUGGAGCCCAACGGCAUUAUAACCCAGUAUGAGAUCAGUUACAGUAGCGUGCAUUCGUUCGACCCGUCAGUGGCGUUGCUGCGGCCGCCUGUUCUGGUGUCGUUACCGUGGAACACGUCGCGUCACAACUUCACACAGCUGCAUCCAGGAACCACCUACCAGUUCCUGAUCCGGGCCAGUACCAGCAAGGGAUACGGACCCCCAACCACACUCAACGUCACCACCAACAUAUCAGCGCCUACUCUAGAGGAGUAUGAUGGGUCGGAGGCGUCCCUGAACGAGACGGCCACUACCAUCACCGUCCUGCUGAAACCUGCCCAGGCUAAAGGAGCUCCUAUCAGCGCCUAUCAGAUCGUCGUGAGGGAGAUCAACCCACACCGUGCACGACGGGAGGCCGGUGGCGGGGAGUGUUACCGUGAGCCGGUGACCUAUCAGAACGCGGCCAGCGCCGGGCUGCCGUAUUACUUCGCGGCAGAGCUCCCGCCCAGGAAUCUCCCAGAACCGCUGCCGUUUACCGUGGGAGACAACAAGACGUACCACGGCUACUGGAACGCCCCCCUCGCGCCCCGCAAAAACUACAACAUCUACUUUCAGGCAGUCAGCAGCGUGGAGAAGGAAAGUAAAACGCAGUGUCUGAAACUGGCUUUUAAAGGGGCCACAGAGGAGCCGGAAGUGAUUCCAGACCCGGCCAAACAGACCGACCAAGUGGUGAAAAUUGCCGGCAUCAGCGCUGCCGUGCUGGUCUUCAUUCUUCUGGUGCUCGUGGCCAUCCUGCUGGUGAAGAAAAGGAGGAGCUACUAUUCGUACUCAUAUUACCUGAAGCUCGCCAAGAAGCGCAAGGAUGCCAUCGGAAACACCCGUCAGGAGAUGACGCACAUGGUCAACUCCAUGGAUCGCAGUUAUGCAGACCAGAGCACUCUGCACGCCGAGGAGCCCAUGUCCGUCACCUUCAUGGACUCGCACAGCUUCAGCAACCGCUUGCCUAAUGACCCUCUCGUGCCGACGGCUGUAUUAGUGCCUAUCACUGACGAGAACCACACAGCAGCGGCCGAGAACAGCAGACUGCUGGACAUCCCGCGCUAUCACUGCGAGGGCACCGAGUCGCCCUAUCAGACCGGACAGCUCCAUCCUGCCAUACGGGUGGCCGACCUGCUGCAGCACAUCAAUCUGAUGAAGACCUCCGACAGUUACGGCUUCAAGGAGGAGUAUGAGAGCUUCUUUGAGGGUCAGUCUGCCACCUGGGACGCAGCAAAGAAAGAGCAAAAUAGAACGAAGAAUCGAUACGGGAACAUCAUUGCAUACGAUCAUUCUCGAAAUAGAGACACACUAGUUGAGUGGAGCCCAAGGGGCCCUGUCCACGAGACGGUGUACGACUUCUGGAGGAUGAUCUGGCAAGAGCAGUCGGCUUGUAUCGUGAUGGUAACCAACCUAGUGGAGGUGGGCCGGGUGAAAUGUUAUAAGUACUGGCCAGAUGAUGCUGAAGUUUAUGGAGAUUUUAAAGUGACAUUUGUGGAGGUCGAGCCGCUCGCAGAGUACGUUGUCAGGACUUUCACUCUGGAGAGGAGGGGUUUUAAUGAGGUGCGAGAGGUAAAGCAAUUUCAUUUCACUGGCUGGCCCGAUCAUGGAGUACCGUAUCACGCUACAGGACUGUUGUCAUUUAUCAGACGAGUCAAGAUGUCCAACCCUCCCACCGCUGGGCCUAUCGUCGUCCACUGCAGUGCGGGAGCGGGCCGGACCGGAUGUUACAUCGUGAUUGACAUCAUGCUGGACAUGGCAGAGAGAGAAGGGGUGGUGGACAUCUACAACUGCGUCAAAGCUCUGCGCUCCAGACGAAUCAACAUGGUUCAGACUGAGGAGCAGUACAUUUUCAUCCACGAUGCCAUCCUGGAGGCGUGUUUGUGUGGCGAGACGGCGAUUCCCGUGUGCGAGUUCAAAGCUGCGUACUACGACAUGAUCCGCAUCGAUUCUCAGAGCAAUUCCUCUCACCUCAAAGACGAAUUCCAGACGCUGAACUCAGUGACUCCUCAACCUCAGCCUGAAGAUUGCAGCAUUGCACUCCUUCCUCGAAAUCACGACAAGAACCGUUUCAUGGACAACCUCCCACCCGACCGCUGCCUGCCCUUCCUCAUCACCAUCGACGGAGAGAGCAGCAACUACAUCAAUGCAGCGCUCAUGGAUAGCUACAGGCAGCCGGCCGCGUUCAUCGUGACCCAGCAUCCGUUACCCAACACCGUCAAGGACUUCUGGAGGCUGGUGUAUGAUUAUGGAUGCACCUCCAUCGUCAUGCUAAACGAGAUCGAUUUGGCUCAGGGUUGUCCUCAGUACUGGCCGGAGGAGGGAAUGCUAAGAUACGGCCCUGUACAGGUGGACUGCAUAUCCUGCUCUAUGGACUGUGAUGUCAUUAGUCGUCUUUUCAGGAUAUGCAAUCUGACCCGGCCUCAGGAAGGUUACCUGAUGGUCCGUCAGUUCCAGUACCUGGGAUGGGCGGGUCAUAGGGAAGUUCCCGCCUCCAAGCGCUCGUUCCUCAAGCUGAUCCUCCAGGUGGACAAAUGGCAGGAGGAAUGUGAGGAAGGCGAUGGACGCACUAUUAUACACUGCCUGAACGGAGGCGGCCGCAGUGGGAUGUUCUGUGCCAUCAGUAUUGUGUGUGAAAUGAUAAAGCGGCAGAAUGUUGUAGACGUCUUUCAUGCUGUGAAGAGUCUGAGGAACAGCAAGCCAAAUAUGGUGGACAGCCCGGAGCAGUACCGCUUUUGCUAUGAUCUGGCUCUGGCCAUUUGUGCAUCUGUGUUGACUUUCAUGACAUUCAAGUGCCAGCCACCCGGUCAUGUUUUUUUAAUAUAA